AUGUCUCCGCGUCAGCCAUCCGAGCAGGUUCUCGCCGCUUUUGGCGCUCAACCCCAACUAACACGCCUACCCGGGGGAAGUUGCGUGUGUUACUCUGACGGCAAAAUUGUUCUCAAGCCAUCCGAGGACGAUGAAGAAUCCCAAUGGAUCGGAAACACACUCGCCUCUCUCUCCACGCUCGAGCCAUCAUUGACGUAUCGUGUUCCCAGACCAAUAGCGAGUAUUCAAAAUGGCACUCAGUAUGUCGUUGACGGGUGGACGGCCAUGGCUGUGUUGCCAGGCCGAAAUGAGCUACCGGUUCGAUUCGCAGACACGUUUCGGGUCAGCCAGGCCUUUCACGAGGCCCUACGCAAGCUCAAUCUCGAGAAGCCGCGCUUCCUACGUGGCAGAACCAAUCGGUGGUCCGAGGCUGAUCGAGUCGUCUGGGGCCAAAAGCAACUGUCCGAAGUGGCCAAUCUCAACAAGGAGGUUCUCGCUGUAUUCGACGACGCGUUGAAGGAGUAUGAGAAGCUGACAAGGCCGCUGCCCACUGGUGUUACCUCUCAGCUCAUCCACGGAGACCUCACGGGGAACAUUCUUUUCGAUGAUGAGGCGGGGGGGCCACCUGGGAUUAUCGACAUGACGUUCUACUGGAGGCCGGCUGCGUAUGCGGAGGCGAUUGUGGUUGCCGACGGGCUGGCCUGGUACAAGCAGGACCGAGGGCUGAUCGAGCUGUAUGGGACGGGCGAGACAAGACUCCAGCUUUUGGUGCGGGCUUUGCACUGGCGGUGUUUGACGUUUUGCAUCGACCCUAUCGUGGAUUGGGUUCGGGCCAACAUACCCAAGGUGGAUUUUAUAGGCGCUGCCCGCUUGUUGGGAGAGGUCAUUGAUGAGGCGUCCCGCUGA